AGCGGCCCUGUCUCUGGACGAGGGGACCAAGUCUGGAACGGGAACCUGCGUGAAGGGAGUGAACAGCCAGGAGCUAAGCUCCUUGGAAGUGCUUUUCCGGGAUGGCACAGGGUCUGGGGAUGCUUCCCCAAAGACGUGUGGAUGGGAAUAUUGAGCUGAGAGGCAGAGACUUCGCCUCUGGGGAUUUGGGCAAAUAAAUGAACAAACCGAUGAUUGGGAGUACUUGGGAUAAUAAGGAAAUAAUUAUACUGUAUAGUCAACUGUGCCUGUUUCUGUUUGUGUCUGCUUUGUGAAGGAGUAGGAAUUUUAGAAUUAAAUACUGCCCUUCAGACAACAUACUUCAUCUCCUAUUUGAAACACCCAGUUCGGAAGCCUUCCUUUACCUCAUUUUCUUUUUCUAAGUUGUCAUUUUCUUCAUGGACUGGGAAUGACACUACCUGUUCAUUCCCAUAGGGCUGUGAACAGUGGCCUUCAGUCUUACAAUCAAUGAAGUAUAGAAUCUAAAGUCUAUGACAUCGCAAAACCAUUUACACCCAAUUUUUAAGGAAAAUUAGAAUCACAUGUAAUCCCAUAAAGGUAAAUUUGGCAUAUAAUCCUCCAGUCUUUUUAUCUAUGUAUAUGGUUUUUUUGUAAUAAUUUUCCCCUACAUUUUGCUUUCUAAUCUAUUUCUUUCACUUAAUGAACAAUUUUCUGUGCUCAUACGUAUUAUACUUUAAGUGGUGGCUAGUAUUCCAUCGUGUGGGUAUGCCAUCAUUUAUUGAGUUAACUCCUUAAUGUUACCCAUUAGGUUGUUUCUAGUUUAUCACUAUAAUAAGGAGAAUAACAGUGACAUUUUUAUUAUUUUCUUGAGACAGAGUAUCUAAAAUGAAAUUUUAAAAAUUUCUAAUGUCAAAAUUGCCCUCCAGAAAACACGUGAAUUUACAUUCAGCAGCUUUACUUCCAGCAUAAAAGACUCUUCAGUACAAUGACUCAAGCAGAAAUUAAACUUUGCUCUUUGUUGCUGCAAGAGCAUUUUGGAGAGAUUGUAGAAAAAAUUGGAGUCCACCUAAUCAGAACAGGCAGCCAGCCACUGAGAGUAAUUGCCCACGACACAGGAACAUCGCUGGAUCAGGUGAAAAAAGCCCUUUGUGUGCUCAUCCAACAUAACCUGGUGAUGUAUCAAGUGCACAAACGUGGUGUAGUGGAGUAUGAAGCCCAGUGCAGCCGUGUGUUGCGAAUGCUUAGGUAUCCCCGGUACAUCUAUACUGCCAAAACACUGUAUAGCGACACUGGAGAGCUCAUUGUGGAGGAGCUGCUACUGAAUGGCAAAAUGACAAUGUCAGCUGUUGUGAAGAAAGUGGCAGACCGACUCACAGAGACUAUGGAGGAUGGCAAGACCAUGGACUAUGCUGAGGUAUCAAACACAUUUGUGCGACUAGCAGACACACACUUCGUACAGCGUUGCCCCUGGGUGCCUGCCACUGAGAAUUCAGACCCGGGGCCACCACCACCUGCCCCCAUUCUUGUCAUCAGUGAAAAGGACAUGUACCUGGUUCCUAAACUUAGUUUGAUUGGGAAGGGUAAAAGGAGAAGAUCAUCUGAUGAAGAUGCUGCUGGGGAGCCGAAAGCCAAGAGACCAAAACAUAGCACAGAUAACAAAGAGCCCAUUCCAGAUGAUGGGAUUUAUUGGCAGGCCAACCUUGACAGAUUCCACCAGCACUUCCGUGACCAAGCCAUUGUCAGCGCAGUUGCCAACAGGAUGGACCAGUUCACUUUUCAAACCCAGACCAGCAGCGAGAUCGUGCGGACUAUGCUUCGGAUGAGUGAGAUUACCACUCCCUCUGCUGCCCCCUUCACCCAGCCAUUGUCUUCCAAUGAGAUCUUCAGAUCCCUACCUGUUGGCUAUAACAUCUCUAAACAAGUUCUUGAUCAGUAUCUCACUCUGCUGGCAGAUGAUCCACUAGAGUUUGUUGGAAAGUCUGGCGACAGUGGUGGAGGAAUGUAUGUCAUCAACUUGCAUAAAGCUCUCGGAUCCCUAGCCACAGCCACUCUGGAGUCUGUCGUACAGGAGAGGUUUGGGUCUCGCUGUGCCAGAAUAUUCCGUCUAGUUUUACAAAAGAAACACCUGGAACAGAAGCAGGUAGAAGACUUUGCAAUGAUUCCAGCAAAGGAGGCAAAGGAUAUGCUUUACAAGAUGCUCUCGGGAAAUUUCAUAUCACUCCAGGAAAUUCCCAAAACGCCAGACCAUGCCCCAUCCAGGACCUUCUAUUUAUAUACCGUGAACAUCCUGUCAGCUGCCCGAAUGUUGCUGCACAGAUGCUACAAGAGCAUAGCCAACUUGAUAGAAAGGAGACAAUUUGAAACCAAAGAGAACAAGCGUCUACUAGAAAAGUCUCAGAGGGUGGAAGCCAUUAUUGCAUCUAUGCAGGCUACAGGCGCAGAGGAGGCACAGCUCCAAGAAAUAGAGGAGAUGAUCACAGCUCCUGAACGCCAGCAGCUAGAAACCCUGAAGCGUAAUGUCAACAAGUUGGAUGCCAGUGAGAUCCAAGUGGACGAAACCAUCUUCCUACUGGAGUCAUAUAUUGAGAGCACCAUGAAGAGGCAAUGACCCAGAAGAAGAGUCUUUCUCAAAAAAUCUGGGGAGGUUGGAAGGAAAAAUAAAGGAGGUGCCUGAUGCAUUC